AUGGAUAAGUAUGUCACAAGAUCGAAAAUUGGGCAUCCAAGUUCUAGCUCUACUCAUCCAUCUACCGCUUCAACCAUAGCUCCGAAAAUUCAAAGGAAAACAUUUAUUUCAGAUGUUGAUUUAGAAUCUCUUGAAGCUGAUCCGGGAAUUAGAAAGCCCAUUGCAGAAUAUAAUCCUAAUAUACGUGAUGAUAUUAGGAGAUAUUAUAUUCUUAAAAAGCCUUGCCAACCUAAGGAUCAUAAAUUUCCUAAAACUAAGUUUGGGAAGGAAAUGCGGCAAUUUUUUCCUGAUUGGUUUAAUGGCCGUAAGUGGUUGGAGUAUAGCAUAACAAAAGAUGCUGCAUUUUGUUUGUGUUGCUAUUUGUUUAAAAAUGAAUGUGAAAGUCGUGGAUAUGUGGUUGAUGCUGCUUUCACAAAGACUGGCUAUAGAGCUUGGAACAAAGCUACUGAAAGAUUUAGAGCUCAUGUUGGAGAUAUAAAUAGCAUCCACAACAAGUGUUUCAACAAGAUGCUUGAUUUGAUGAAUCAAUCACAGUCAAUACGCACUUCCUUUGAUAAAAAGUCCCAGAAAGAAAAAAAAUUUCUCUUGAAAUUAGGAUUAUCAUUCCGUGGACAUGAUGAGAGUCGAUCUUCUUCAAAUAGAGGUAUUUUUCUUGAACUUUUGCAAUGGUAUGGAGAUAUUAAUGAAGAUGUUGGAAGCAUUAUUUUAGAAAAAGCUCCAAAAAAUGAAAUGAUGUGUUCUCCAAGUAUUCAAAAGGAUAUUGUUGAUUCUUGUGCUAAGGAAACAAUCAAAUCUAUUCUUGAAGAUUUAGAUGGGGAUUAUUUUGGGAUACUAGUCGAUGAAUCAAAGGAUGUAUUACACAAGGAGCAAAUGGCACUUGUUUUGAGAUAUGUUAACAAAGAAGGAGAAGUGAUAGAGCGAUUUGUUGGUAUUAUUCAUGUUAGUGAUACAUCUGCUUGUUCAUUAAAGGAAGCAAUAUACUCUUUUCUUUCAGAUCACUCAUUAAGUCCAUCCCAAAUAUGUGGGCAAUGUUAUGAUGGAGCUAGCAAUAUUCAAGGACAUCUAAAUGGUCUUAAAACUUUGAUUUUAAAUGAGACUCCAUCGGCAUAUUGCAUUCAUUGUUUUGCCCACCAAUUGCAGUUAACACUAGUGGCUCUUACAAAGAAGGAUUCAAAUGUAGAUGACUUUUUUUGCUUAGUUACUAAUGUGUUAAAUAUUGUUGGAGCAUCUUUUAAGCGCAGGGAUUUACUUUGGAAACACCAAGCUGAACAGUUAGAGGAGUUGCUCAUAUCAGGGGAAGUGCAUACUGGGCGAGGAUUAAAUCAAGAACAUGGGCUUCAGCGGCCAGGUGAUACUCAUUGGGGUUCUCAUUGUAGAACAUUAGAUAAUCUUAUUGUUUUAUUUCCAUCAGUUAUUCAUGUGCUUGAAUUUACUGGAUGCGAGUGUCCAAACUAUACUGAUAGACUUCUUGCUAAAACUUUUGUGGAUAUGAUUAAGAAAUUUGAUUUUGCCUUUAUGCUGCACUUGAUGUGGAAAGUUCUUAUGAUGACAAAUGAAUUGAACUUCUCAUUACAAAGGAUGGAUCAAGAUAUUGUCAAUGCUAUGGGAUUUCUUGCUCUUACAAAGCAAAGAUUACAAAAUAUGAGGGAUAAUGAAUUCGAAUCAUUAAUGGAUGAUGUCUCUUCUUUUGGUGAUAAACAUGAUAUAGUCAUUCCGGAGAUGGAUGCUAGCUACUUUCCUGGGAAGUCAAAGCGUAAAGCUCUUGAUGUUACAUAUUCUCAUCAUUUGUGUGUUGAAAUAUUUUAUGCUAUUAUUGAUUUGCAUCUUCAAGAGCUUAAUAAUCGUUUUGAUGCUGUGAGUACAGACUUACUUCUCGGUAUGGCUAGUUUGAAUCUAGUUAAUUCAUUUGGUAGUUUUGAUAAGGGCAAGAAAAUGAGGUUGGCUGAAUAUUAUAUGAAUGAGUUUGACAACAACAAGCUUCAGGAUCUUUGUGUCCAAACUAUACUGAUAGACUUCUUGCUAAAACUUUUGUGGAUAUGA